AUUUAUCCACACACACUCUUUCUAGUACGAAAUCAGGAAUAUCAAAGUUUGGAAUUCUUUAAAUCCAAAACUAAAGCAGAAAAUCAAGAAAAAAACCGAUCUUUGGAAAGAAAACACUCACAACUCAUCAACUAACUAACCGAACGAAUUUCUUUUCCAAAAAGAGAACCAAACUUACAAGGUUUUACACUACAUACGAAUAUUCAUUAAACUUUUCUUUUCUAAACAUCAGCAAUCAGUUAAAGAAAACGGAUUUCGGAUUUAUCUUUUAGGUUUUAAGAAGAAGGUGGUUAAGGAGAAGAUGAUUUUAAUUUCAGAAUUAAGUUUGUUGAGAUCGGAUUGGAAGUAUUUGGUUGGUUUGAAAACUUUGGAUCAGGUUUGUUCGGUUUCGAUUAUUUUGUAUGGGAUUAAUCAGAAUCAUCAUCAAGAAAAUGGGAAAAUGGAAAAUGGAAAAGAGGAAAAUCGAAGUCAUCAAGAAAAUCAAAGUAACCAAGAAACAGUAAAAGAUGAUGCAGUAAAAGAUGAAAAAGAAGAAAAAAAUGUCAGAGAAGAUGGAAAAGAAGAAACAGUAAAAGAAGAAACGGUAAACGAAGAAACAGUAAAAGAUGAAAAUUCAAAAAAAGAAUUAUCAAAAAAAGAAUCAUCAAAAUUAGAAACCCAAGAACAAAUCGAAUGGUUAGCAAUCCAAGAAGAAUGUCCACACUUAGGACAAUCUUUAAUCCAUGCAGAAAUCCAAAUUGAAGAUGAUAAUCUUAUUGCGAUUUGUCCUUGGCAUAGUUAUGAUUUUGAUUUAAGAACAGGUGAAUCUUCUACUGGUUUAAAAGCUUGUGUAAUUAAAACAUUUGUUAAAGAACUUGAUGGGAUUCAGUAUUUGUUUUUUGAUCGAAUCGAAUUUGAUUCAUUUAAUCAAAAUACAAAUCAAAAUACAAAUCAAAAGACAAAUCAAGAAAAAGAAAAAAAAGGAAAUGAAGAAGAAGAAGAAGAAGAAUGGAAAUUAUUUUCAAUCACACCUAUUUCCCAAAAAAUCAAAUCGACCAUAACAUCUGAACAAGAACUUCCAAGUUCAUUACUAAGCUGGGCCUCUUUAAUCCUCCAAACCCCAAACCCAAUCCAAAAGAUUCAAUACACACGACACUCGAUCGAUUUAUUUAAAUCUCAUCAAAUCCCUCUUACAAACCAAACUGAUUCGAAUUCGAAAACUUUGAAAUCUGAAUUACCUCCUUUACAACCGGUUAGAGAAACUUCAUUGGAUACAUUGAGGUUUGAUGAUUUUAAGUUUACUAAGAAGGGUAAAUCGGGAAAUGAAAAGAAUCGGAUUAAGUUAUUACAUUCGUUGGCUAAUAUUGAGUUAUGGGCUAUUGAUUUAACUUGGGAUUUGUUGUGUAGAUUUGGUAAUUAUGGUCUAGAUCAAUUGAACAAACAUCAUAAGUUACCUAGAGAAUUCUUUUUAGAUUUUUGUAAGGUUGCUGGAGAUGAAGCUAAACAUUUUACUAUUUUAAGAGAAGCAAUUCAAAGACUUGGUAGUGAUUGGGGUGAAUUACCUGUACAUAAUGGCUUAUGGCAAUCUGCUCGUGAUACUUCUCAUUCUUUGAUUUCUAGAAUUUGUAUUAUUCAUCUUGUACAUGAAGCUAGAGGUUUAGAUGUGAAUCCUACUCAAAUUAAAAGAGUUAAAGCAGCAGGUGAUUUUGAAACGGCUAAAGUAUUAGAGAUCAUACAUGCAGAUGAAAUCACGCAUGUAGCUGCAGGACAUAAAUGGUUAAAUUAUCUUUGUAAUCAAUCUGAUCCUAAAUUAGAUCCAGUUGAAGUUUUUAGAAGAGAAGUUAAAUUACAUUUUAUGGGAAAAUUAAAACCUCCGUUUAAUGUUGAAGAUCGAUUGAAGGCUGGUUUGGAUCCUUCGUUUUAUGAAAAUUUGGAUUAGUUUAAGUUGAUGAAUUGGAAUAGAAUGUGUUUAGGAAAGGAAAAAAAUGUAAAAUGAAGUAAUAAUCUAGAGGUACCAUUUAUUUGGGAAUGCGUGGAAAAAGAGAGGUUUGGAUUUACAGAAAAUUAAAACAAUGAACUCAUUGACAUAUCAAUUCUUUAAUCUUUCUGGAUCAUCAUAACUCUUAAGACUCGUGCUUAUCUGUGCUCCGGUAAUUCUCACAGUCUUCAAAGUAUCUGGAAUUACUUGUUUGGUGUUCAUGAAUCAAUGUGAUGUGAUUUUGAACAGAUGU